AUGCCAGAGACUGAAGUUAUAAACAAUUCUACCACAAAUAACCUUGAUGAAAACAACGCCAGCUCAAGUAUAACUCCAGAAAAUAAAAUUACAAAUCCAACGGACUCUUCAAUAAUUGAGGAUUCUAAUAAUAAUAACAACAACAACACAAGUAAAUUAUCAUUACCAUCGCCUUCGAUUUCUUCAAUUUCCUCUCUUGACAGUAACAAUUCCACGGAAAAACUUAUAAACAGUCUAGCCAAUAGCAGUUUAAAUGAAACCAAGACCAACGAAAAAGUCAGUGAAGAUUCAACUAACAAGUCAACAUUGAUUAUCACACAAUUAGAUCCUGAAACAUUAAGUGAAUCCGAGAAGAGACAGUUACAAAGACAAAACAGAAUACCCCAGUCAUUUCACUCCAAAACCAAGUUUUAUGAUGAGUUAUCACAAGCUUCAGUGGAUGUGGUGCCAACCACUACACAAGAAUCAGUUGCAGUAUCCGUGCAACGACCACCAGAACAAAAACCAAUAGAUGGGUCAGAACCAGGAACAACAGAGAGUAAUACCUUCAUAGCAUUACCAAAGAAAAUCAAAAAAUUCACUGUGCGUAAAAUAUCGAACCCCGAAGCAAUAACUUCUCCAACUUCAUCACCUAAUCCAAGCAAAGAGCCACUAAGACAACCAAAGUUUUCACCAACAAAUACGAAAUUUAAUGUUACUCCUCAUGUAUCUCCUAUAGUUUCCUACCUGGAGAAUAAAUCCCAAGGUCAAUCACAAUCAAGGAAAAGUAGUGUUAAUAGUAAUGGUGAUAGCCAAAAACAUAAACACCAACAAGAAUUGCAUAAGUUGCGAAAAAUUGAAGAGAAAUACGAUCAAUAUGAACUUCGAAUUGAAAAAAUUGAUAAGGAAAUUGCUUAUUUGAAAAAAUUACUACCACCUUAUAAUGUUCAAAUUGAUUAUAAUACUAGAGUUAAAAUCAAUAAAGCAAUUGAAAAAUUGAGUAUGAAAAAAGAUGAAAUUGACAAGAAAAAAUAUGAUUUGGGGAUUACGAUAAGUCGAUUAUGGAGAAAUUUGGGAGAUGGGAAAGAAAUCUGGGUUCGGAAAUUUGAUUAA